AUGGAGGAUAACAAAAAUCGCAGGUACCAAGAUAACGGCUGCUCGUUCGUCGUGGAAGUGCAGCCAAGCUAUCAGAACGAGGAACCUGAAGCUAACAAAGGAUCCACCGAUGACGUGACUGCCGGGGUUACUGAUCAGCAGGCUCUCGUUCACAGGGAAGAAAUUCCGGAGGAUAGAGCACCAGCGGACCCGUGUGAUCCAGGUUUCGAGAACACGAGACUAUUCGGUAGCACGAACACGGGGCUGUCGCAGUCGGAUCUUUCGAUCUCCAGCCAGGGCUCGGUUAAUCCCAGCUAUCGUUAUGGAAAUCAAGUGGAAUACGAUGCGGGCCAUCUGGGUUACCCGAUGUACGGCGGUAGCUACGAAUCCGACACGUUAUCGCGCAAACUCGAGGGUGGCUCGAAAUGGGUGGAAUUCGACAAAUCACCAGACACUGAGAAAACCUUGCUGAAUGUGUCAAAAACGUCAAGCAUGGAGAAAGACGCCGAGGAAAGCCCGUCGAUGAUGAGCAAACAGAACAAUCUGGACGUGUCCCAGGGUUCUGGAGGAUCCAUGGAUCAGCAGGACUCGACAGACGCCAGCAUCUCCACCGACACGGUUCGCUCGAAUCCUAAUCUUCAAGUGAACGGAGCCACGCCGAACAAGCUCGAGAUUAUGGAGCAGAAGGCGCUCAGCUACGACUUCGGGAAAUCGGAGAGCAACAAGCCGGUGAUAACCGGGGCGUUGUUGAAGGACGACGUGCAAGAGGACACGUUUCAGGAACAGCAACGGAAGCUGGGCAAUGGCACUUUGACGCCGGAGCACAAAGAGGACAGACCGAAGAAUCAGAAGCCGGAGAGUUGCACGUUUGUGCCGAGCCACAAACGGAGCGGAAGCAUCCCGCCGCGAUUGAUCGAGGAAACGCUGGAUCUGGAUCUGGAACCAAAGAAAUCGUUGGACAUCUACAGUCAGAUUAAAACCAGCACUAAAAGCAUACUUCCGGCAUUGAGCCCGAAGUUCGAGCUCCUUCAGAACGAAGUUAGUCCGAUCGAGGAGAAGGAGAGUUAAUGGGGAUGGUUGGUUGCACUCAAUGGCGUCUCAAUAGUAAACCAAAGUCAACGGGCAUCAUCGAAGGGACAUCGAACGAGCAUCGACGAGACCGAGCUUUUCUCGAGGACACCAUGGACACCAAGCAUCGAUUUCACAUUCAAGUUCGUCCACGUUGUAACGAUUUUCUACGAGAAUUCGAAAGAGCGUUCGCACAGAGCCAAAUCAAAACGAGCGAUGGCCACGGGUGGCGGCGAAUCUGAUUCACUGCGUCAGACGACGCUCUUCCUCCACCCUCGUGGAGAACACGAUUUUUAUUUAACGAAAAAGUCCAAACUCUCAUUGUAGAUAUCUCAUCAACGCCGAAACUCACUGACGACGUCAGUGGAGAUUUUAUCCGAGGUUUUCUGAAAAGAGAAAAGGGGGUACCAGAAUACCGAGUCGCGCCAGGUAUUCCCAGAUCGUUGCGUCGC